AUGGACGUGAACUCCGGCCUGCCUAGCAAUGUGACGGAGUCGGAGGUGGCCCAGUUCUUUGGCACCAUCGGGAUGAUCAAAAUCGACAAGAAGAAGAAGGCGCCCAAAAUCUGGCUGUACCGUGACAAGGCCACGGGCAUGCUAAAGGGUGAUGCCACUGUGACGUUUGAGGACCCCUUUGCCGCCGCCUCAGCCCCCAGCUGGUUCAACGGCAAGACCUGGAGCGACGGCGUGAGCGUGCUGCACGUCAGCCUGGCAGAGGCCAAGCAGGACGCGGGCUACGGCGGCGGCGGCUACGGUGGCGGCGGCGGUGGCUACGGUGGCGGCGGCGGCGGCUACGGCGGAGGUGGAGGCGGCUACGGCGGCGGCGGAGGCGGCUACGGCGGCGGCGGCGGCGGCGGGCGUGGCGGAGGCAAGCCAGGGCCGUGGUUGUGUGCGGCGUGCGGUGGGAACAACGGCGACCAGCGGGAGUGCGUCCAGUGUGGGGCGCCCAGGGCGCACGCGGACCAGGCGUUGGGGCCGCCGGUGCCCAGGGGCGGUGGCGUGGGCGUGGGAGCGGGUGGCGUCGCGGCCGCAGCCUACCAGAUGGGCGGUCAGCAGGGUGGCUACGUGGCCGCGCCUCAGCCUGGGAUGGGUGUCGGUGGGUACUCCAGCUACCCGGGGGCUGCCCCCCAGCAGCAGCAGGCCUACCAAGUGGCGCCCACCGCGCACUACGCGUCCGCGCCGCAGCAGGCGACGCAGCAGGCGCUGCCCACGCACUACGCCGCCGCGCCGCAGCAGGCGACGCAGGCGGCGGCGGCGGCGCAGAUGACGCCCGCAGCCGCCGUCGCCCCCGCCUACGCCAUGCCUCCACAGCAGCAGCAGCAGCAGGCGGCUGCUUACGGUUACGACUAUGGCGCCGCCGCAGCCCAGCAGCAGGCGUACGGCUAUGUCGCGCCGCCGCCGGGGCAGCCUCAGGCGCCCUACGGCGGCGGCCCUCCUACCAUGGGCGGCCCACACCCGCACCACAUGCAGCACCAGCCCGGCAUGAUGGGUCCGGGCCCCGGCUACGGUAUGGGCCCAGGCCCUCCCCGCGGCAUGGGGCCAGGCAUGAUGGGAGGCCCGCCGCCUCCGCACCACCCCGGCGGCUACAUGGGCGGGCAGCCUCCGGGCAUGAUGGGCGGCCCCAUGGGCGGCCCACCUGGCCCCUACCACCAGCCCUACUACGAGCCAGGGUACCACCACCAUCACAUGAUGGGGGGCCCCGGCAUGGGGCCACCGCCUGGCAUGAUGGGCCCAGGGCCCUUCCCGCACCGCCAGCCCAACGUGGCGCCCAAGCCGGGCGACUGGAACUGCCACGCCUGCGGCAACCUCAACUUUGGCUGGCGCGAGGCCUGCAACCAGUGCCGCGUGCCGCGGGGGCCGGGCAUGCAGCCGAUGGGCGGCCCACCCAUGGGCCGCAUGCAAAACGUGCCGGCCAAGCCAGGCGACUGGCUGUGCCCCUCCUGCUCCAACCUCAACUUCCAGUGGCGCGACGCCUGCAACCAGUGCAAGCACCCCAAGCCCGAGCACGCAGCGGCGCUGGGGCCGGGUGGCGAGGUUAUCGAGCCGGGGCUGCAGCCCGGGCAGGUGGCCAAGCCGGGAGACUGGAAGUGCGGCAGCUGCGGCAACGUCAACUUCCAAUUCAGGGAGGCCUGCAACAAGUGCAGCACUCCCAAGAGCGAGGGCGGCAUGGAGCUGCCAGCGGGCGCGGUGGGCGCGCCGCAAUACGGCGGCAUGCCCGGCGGCGCCGGCGGCGGCCUGCACGCCAAGCCCGGGGACUGGAAAUGCGCCGACUGCGGCAACCUCAACUUCCAGCGCCGCGAGAAUUGCAACCAGUGCGGCAAGGCCAAGCCUGAGAACGCGGCUGAGGCGGGCCUGGAGCUGGUGGCCGACCCGGGGCUGCAGCCAGGCCAGAUGGCGCGCCCGGGAGACUGGCGCUGCACCAGCUGCAACAACAUCAACUUCCAGUGGCGCGAGACCUGCAACAAGUGCAGCGCAGAAAAGGCAGAGGAUGCACAGACAGUGACAGCCACGGUGGUUGGCGACUGGGCCUGCCCGUCCUGCGGCAACAACUGCUUCGCAUUCCGCACCCAGUGCAACCGCUGCGGCACCGCCAAGCCCGACGGCGGCGGUGGCGGCGGCGGUGGCGGCUAUGGAGGUGGCGGCGGCUACGGCGCGCCGCCAGCUGGCGGUGGCGGCUAUGGCGCGCCGCAGGGCGGUGGCUAUGGUGGCGGCGGUGGCUACGGUGGCGGCGGUGGCGGCUAUGGUGCUCCUCAGGGCGGCGGCUACGGCGCGCCAGCAGGAGGCGGCUACGGCGGCGGCGGUGGCGGCCGCCGCCGCGAGGGCGACUGGGACUGCGAGUGCGGCAACAACAACUUUGGCUGGCGCGACCGCUGCAACAAGUGCGGCAAGUCCAAGGGUGGCGGCGGCGGCGGCGGCGACUAUGGCAGCGGCGCCAACGCCGCACCCGCCGGUGCCCCGCCGCCGCGCGCGGCCGCCGCGCCGCCCCAGGCCGCGCCCCAGGGCCCUCCAGGCAAGUUUGCCCCCGGCGACUGGACCUGCACGGGCUGCGGCAACGUCAACUGGGAGCGCCGCAAGGCGUGCAACCAGUGCAACACGCCCAAGCCCGGCACUGUCGACACCAACCGAGAGGGCGCGGGCGGCGGCUUCAAGGAGCGCGACGACGCCGAGGCGGAGGAGGCGCGCCGGCGGCGGCGUGAGCGCGAGCAGAACGAGGACUAUGACGAGUUUGGCCGGCCGCGCAAGUCGCAGAGCGCGGCAGACCGGGAGGCUCGCGAGAAGGCGGCUCUUGAGCGCCUGCAGUCGCGCUACGUGCCAGAGGGCGGCGGCCGGGAGCGGAGCCGCAGCCCGGCGCGGCGCUGA